AAUAUAUACUCAUUAAUCGGAUGUAGACAGCCAAAAGCCUAUUGCACAUUUCAACUAUUUUCAGUCUAUAGCUCAGUGACUAUUUAUUAUUUAGUGUUUAUGUAUGCAAACACUGCAACUUAGUUGUCCCCAGCCUCCAUGUCCUCCUGUUUCCCCUCCCCCUCCCCUCCAGUGAGGUGUUAAACCUGUUUGAUUGCAUGCGGGACAGAGGUGUUUUUAAGUCUGUUGGUCUGAGACUUGGAGAGAAGCAAUUUGUCACUGAGCAGACUCCUCUGUUUAUUUAUGACCAUACAACAACAACAACAAACUUUAUUUAUAUAGCACAUUUAAAAACCAGUGGUAUGCCAAAGUGCUUAACAUACAAGAGGGUCAGAUGCAAGUAAUAACUCCAUUUCUGUGAUGAAAAGAUUCACUGAAGGCGUCACAGAGAUGCUUAUGUUACCUUCAGGUUUUGCUGUCAGUUGUAGAUUUUGUUUCUCUCGAUCUUUACUUCAUUUCUGGUUUAAUUUUCUCAUUUAAAACUUUAUUUGAGAGGAAAGCCCAACACUGGCAUGCACUCACAGUGCGAGGAGGAAGAGGAGGGUUUUACUCUGUAUGACAGUGACCUGAACUCAGUCUUGGUCUGAUAUCAGCGAGCAGCAGGAGAAAAUGUCUCAGAAAUCUGAACUAACCUGAGUUUAAUUUCUCUUUAGAUCUGAUCUCACUGCUGAGCUGCACCACAAACCAAGGUCAGUAACCUUCUUCUGUCACACUGUAAACCUCACUCACUCUCUCAGGACACUGUGGGACACAUUUAUUUAUUAUUAGACAGUUCAGUGAAGAGUGACAGGAAGGCAGAGUUUAAGACGUGUGGCAUGGUUCGGAUUCCGGCCACUCUCAGUCAUACGGCAUGUGGUCAGUAUCUUAUCCCAGUGAGCUAAACCAUGGCCCAAUGGGACACAUUUUUUUUAACAUGGUGCAGCUGAUUUCAGACAGACUUGUCUUCAGUCAUGACAGUGUCAUCUUCCUCUUCCUGGAAGUUUAAAGGAGUUCAGGUUUUAUGUAUGUGGUGUGAACGCAAAUGAGCUCAAGACAAAGCUCAGUUUGUUUAUUCUGCAGAAACUGAGUUUUAAAACAUUGGUGUGAAAACAUUUCUCUGAGUACAUCAACAACUAUUGUGGUAGUUUGAAUGAAAAUCCAAAAUUCACAUUAACUCAAAGAAGCACACUCUCACCAUACUUAUUAGACAGAGAAUACACACACAGUACUAACUUUUAGUGUAUUGCUUAGGGCCCGCUCACAAGUGCACAGCCAAAAUGAUCCAAACAAUCAAAUUACAAAAGAAACAAAACAUUAAUUAAUACAUUUUCAGUCUUGAAACAAUGAAACAUGAAAAACCCAUAAAAUACAUUACAAAUACUUUAAGUAGCCAGGAAAACAAAUGGACUUCAUCCCCUUAGGCCUCCAACCACACCACGCAGCCUAACAGCACUGGCUUGGUCCAAAAGUCUCAGGUGUGGCCUUGGCCUAGCAGAGAAGAACGUUGUGUUUCUUGUCCAGGCGUUUGUAGUUUUUUUGUAGCCCCUUCAGCCAGAGAGGAUGCUUAAAACGUGUCAUCACCCACUGGUGGAAAAGAGAAACAUUAUCCCCCAACUUUUUAAACAGACUACACGUUAUUCAAAAGCCUUUAACUCCAUUUCUGCGAUGAAUUAUAACCAUUUUAUUAAACAUUCAACAGUUGGUAAGGACAGCUGAUCUGAGGAUUUCAACGGCUGUGAAAAGUAUCUGGACACUGACAACUUUACAUAAUACAUUUAUGUUUCCUCUCCAUUUCCUCACAGCUCGUCUGACUGUGAGUCCCAGCAGCUCUCAGUUCUUUAAAGGAGACUUUGUGUCUCUGAGCUGUGAGGAGGACGACAGCUCUGCUGGAUGGACUCUGAGGAGAAACACAAGCAAACAACAGAGGACUCAGUGUGGAGAUGGGUGGGGAAAACCAGCUGGGUCUUCCUGUAACAACAAUGUCUUCCCAUCAGACAGUGGGGUUUACUGGUGUGAGUCCAGAGAGGGUCCCAUCAGUAACAUGGUUAACCUGACAGUCACUGGUCACAUGACCCUCCAGCAUGUUUCCAGGUCUGAUGAAGGCCUCUACAAGUGUGACAUCAGCGGUCAUGGAGAGUCUCCAUCCAGCUGGAUCACUGUCACAGACAAACAUACAACCACACCACCACCUACCACUACAACUAUUCCCACCGCUCCAGAGCUGACCGCUGACUCGUCCAUACAGCUUGCGUUCAAAGUGGAACACUACCUGCUGGUUUUCUGUCCGUAUAUCAUCUCCACUCUCCUCAUGAUGUCUUUAUAUCGACGCAGAGGAAAUGAAAUCAGAGGUUCAACCAAGCCCACUCAGGCUGACCAGGGAUUGGAUAAUGAGCAUGACAAUGUCAUUACUGAUGUCACCACAGAGUAUCACUUUUGAAUCUGUUGUGUCUCUGUGAGUCUCGCCAUCUUUGUCGUCUCCAUCUCUGAUGGGGAUUAUUUGAAUAAAUGGACUCUGAUUUUCAUCUCUGGAUGUUUUAUGUAGAUAUACAGUAAAUAUUCCUGCAUAGAGGAGGAGAUCCAUCAUGUACUCUGUGUGUGUGCACCACUGCAGCUCUGUCACUGAAAGAAGUGUUCAGCUUUUUUCUACAUGAAAGACAUUUUCAGGUCAGAUAUCAGAGAAAAAGGCAAAGUCAUGCUACUUCCUCUUUGAUUUUGGUAUUUUAUGCUCCCACAUCCUACCUGAUCCCCUCACUGGAGUAGCUGGUGUCCUGGUGGUUCUGACUGGAAUUAAAUCUACCUGUCUCUCACAGAUACUGUCAUAGUGUUUUGGUGCCUGAUAAACUGUAAACACAUGAUCACAUGACUCAGACUGGACUCAUGCAGUUAAUGUCUUUUCACCUCUUCCUGAAUCAACACAAAAAUUUUCAGUGAGCCUUGAAAUUGUUCUUAUUGGUGCUUUUUCGUUAUUAAAGUCACAUCCUGUGAAACAUUUUAAA